AUGGAUUUCUUAGACCAAGACGGUGCUAGUGCAUCCGGCACGGAUUCUCUGACAAAGGCUCUAAUCAGCGACGAAGCUCUAAAUAGUCAGUCCCAAGUCACUCGGGGCCGUCUUGGGUUUGUUGCCGGAGUCGUGCCCCGAGAACGAGUACCUGGUUUUGAGCGUAUGUUAUGGCGUAUCAGCCGAGGAAAUGUGUUUUUACGGAGGGCAGAACUUGAAGACUCGCUUGAAGACCCUUCUACUGGAAAUGAGAUUUUCAAAACUGUGUUUGUUGCGUUCUUCCAAGGAGAGCAGCUCAAGUCACGGGUGAAAAAAGUUUGCUCUGGGUUCCAUGCAUCAUUUUAUAAUUGCCCAAGUGCACAUUCUGAAAGACAAGAGAUGUUAAAGGGUGUUAAAACGAGACUGGAAGAUUUGAAUAUGGUGCUUAAUCAAACAAGAGACCAUAGGCAACGUGUGUUGACAACUGUAACAAAAGAUUUGCAUAAUUGGGGUGUUAUGGUUCGCAAAAUGAAAGCUAUCUACCAUACACUUAAUUUAUUCAACAUGGACGUUACCAAAAAAUGUCUGAUUGGUGAAUGUUGGAUACCAAUAAAAGACUUGGCAUUUAUCAGACAUACAUUGGCUGAAGGCAGUAAAGCUGUAGGCAGCUCAAUACCUUCAUUUUUAAACAUAAUCGACACUAAUGAAAAUCCUCCAACGUUCAAUCGAACUAAUAGGUUCACUCAGGGCUUCCAAAAUUUGGUGGAUUCAUACAGCGUCUCUGGUUAUCGAGAAGUUAAUCCUGCCUUAUACACUAUAAUCACAUUUCCGUUUCUUUUCGGUGUAAUGUUUGGUGAUGCUGGCCAUGGAAUAAUUUUAACAGUAUUUAGCUCAUAUAUGGUCAUAUAUGAACAACAAUUGUCUAAAACGAAGUCUUCUAAUGAAAUUUGGAAUAUAUUUUUUGGCGGUCGCUACAUAAUCUUGCUCAUGGGAUUUUUUUCAAUAUACACUGGAAUUAUAUAUAAUGAUGUAUUUUCAAAGUCCAUAAAUUUGUUCGGCUCCAGUUGGUCAAUCAACGAAAGUCCAAGUCAUAUCAUUGGAAACAAAAGUAUCACAUUAGAUCCUGCUACCGAAGAUUAUUCGCAGAAACCUUAUCCACUCGGACUUGAUCCAGUUUGGCAGAUCGCUGUUAAUAAAAUAAUAUUUCUUAACUCGUACAAAAUGAAACUAUCAAUAAUUUUUGGAGUCGUUCAUAUGAUGUUUGGCGUUGUACUCAGUGUUGUCAAUCACGUACAUUUCAACAAAAAAAUCAACAUAAUUUUACAGUUCAUACCUCAAAUGUUAUUUUUGGUAUUGUUGUUUUUGUAUAUGGUGUCUUUAAUGUUCAUGAAGUGGAUCUGGUAUGGUCCUAAAAAUCCCUUAAAGACCAGCCCUAGAUGUGCUCCAUCCGUACUCAUUAUGUUUAUUAAUAUGAUGCUUUUCAAACACACAAAACCAUUUGACGGAUGUGACGAGUAUAUGUUUGAAGGACAAGAUCGUUUACAAAAGAUCUUUGUUAUGAUCGCUAUGCUAUGUAUCCCAGUAAUGUUGUUCGGCAAACCAUUGUACAUAAUUCUAUACGAGAGACGCCACAAGAAACAUACGUCGGAUAGCUGCGGAGAGUUGAACGGGAGCAUCGAACUAAAAGAAACUGAAUUGAGUGGCAUGCUUAACGAUGCUGCUGGUCACGAAGAAGAAGAACCGGCUUCGGAAAUAUUCAUUCAUCAGUCCAUUGAAACCAUCGAGUACGUGUUGAGCACAGUUUCCCAUACAGCUUCGUAUCUUAGGCUCUGGGCAUUAUCUCUAGCACACGCACAACUAUCCGAAGUAUUAUGGAAUAUGGUUUUGAGAUUGGGACUGACCAGCGAGACGCAUUGGGGUGCUAUCAAAUUAUAUAUAAUGUUUGGCGUGUGGUCUUUGUUCACGCUGGCGAUAUUAGUCAUGAUGGAAGGCUUAUCGGCAUUCCUACACACGCUCCGAUUGCAUUGGGUGGAAUUCAUGAGCAAGUUCUACGUUGGCAACGGACACGCAUUCCAGCCAUUUUGGUUCAAACAUGUGCUCGAAAAUGAAGAGGCUGUCGAGGACUGA